UUAUUCCGUCUAGACAAUGGCUCGAAUAUGGUUGGAGUAGACGCCUCCUUUUGCUUUUACUUGGGCUGUGUUCCAACUAAGCAUGAGCUAAAGUACAGCCACCUUACUUUCAUUCCUUAACGGAGAAAUACUUUAAUACCAAGUGGCAAACCGUCUAGAUGUUUUUCUGGGGUUCUGGACCUUUACCAAUCUGCCAAGCUCGCGGCUGUGGCUUUUGGGGGAUCAGUCCAGGAGCUUUGGGGGCGGGAGCUAUGAAGAGGCGGUUCCUUAUCGUGGUGUGCUUUUGCGGGAUGUGGUGGCUUCAAGCUUUUUACUUAAUAGUUUUAGGGGGAGAAGCUUGGGGCACGGCCACGGGCGAGGACGAUGGACCGAGGCCUCGAUAGAGUAUAUCUUAGAGCAAAGUUUGUUUCCUUGUGUGGUGUGUGUUCUAAGAUGUUGGGCUUUUG